AUGGACUCUCAAACCAACAGGCAUUUACCUCGAAGUAUUGCGCAAUUCCUCGAAACGGCAAUUGCCGAGAAGGAGCAUAACAGGUCGAGGAAGCAAUGUCAUACGAAACUACCUGCAGAUCGCACGUUCACCAGUCCGAUCGUAAGUGAGCUGCUUGAUGGUAUCACUGCUUCUCAUUUAGGAUUGUCUGCUGCUGUGCCUCUCGCUCGGUGUGUUGUGGUGGGCACUCAGUUACCAUCUGCUCGGAAACAUUUGGGUGUGAUGAACGAUUUUCACGUACAUCACCCAAGAUCUAUCAUCAAUCCACAACCCAACAGAACUCCAUUGUCCUCAAUACCUGUCAAUGUGGCCGACUUUCUCUUCGAUACCUAUGUAAGACGUGUGGCUCCUCAGUAUCCAAUAUACUACAUUCCAGAGCUAUUAGCAAUGCACAAUGCCGCAUUUCACCCUACAGAGGUGUCUACAAGCCCAAGAAUAGCCGUGACGCCCUACGAGGUCUUUACGCUGAACUUGGUUAUGGCGAUAUCUCUCUCAACAGCUGCUCGAUCGAAACAAGCCCGAGCAAAUUCAAUUGCUUCAGGCCUUUUUGAAAACGCCAUGGAGCAGCUAUCUGGAGUCCUGACGAAUGACCUACGAGGGCUCCAGGCUCUUACGCUAUUGACGCAAUAUACAUUUCUCAACCCAGGGGUAGCCAAUUUCUGGCUUCUCACCGGUUUCAUUAGCCAAGCAUGUAUUGAUCUUGGGCUGCACCAGGAACUCCCGGACAAUACACAAAUUUCAGCGUUGGAGCGGGACAUGCGUCGCCGUGUCUUCUGGUGUGCGUGGGAGAUGGAAGUGGCUGUAUGUGGAGCUUUGCUAAGACCCAUCACGUUGCUCCGUAGGACCAUCACGACCGCAUUUCCGGCUCAAGUUGAUGACAGUUCCAUCACCGAAGCUGGGAUUGAUUUUAAUGGUCGACUGACUAAAUUCACGUCAUGCUAUAUUUGGCGCUAUCGCGAAGUCGAAUGCGAUGUUGUCCCUGUGCUCUUCCACAACGAGCCACUGCCGCCCGAAUUCGAUUCACUCGAUGAAUGGAUGGCCCAUCAGGAACGCACUAUAUUGGAUUGGAAGGCAGAGAUCCAUGAAGCGACUACACGAAACACUGACUCGGCUUUACAGUCACAAUGGGAUGAAAUGAAGCUCUACUCAACCAUUGCAACUGAUUACAUCCUUGUCACACUCUUCCGGCCAUGUCCACGGCUGAAGGAGCCACCAGCCAAGAAUCUCAUGAAGGCUUUCUCUGCCGCAGUAGGCGUGGCAGACGGCAGUUGGCAACAAGCCAACCUCGAGUUUGGCGGUAGCAAAUACGUUUUCCAUUCUUGUUACCAUUCCUUCUCCGCCGCAAUAGCCUUCCUGCAAGCCUUACAACGCUUCAAGGCAGAGAUUGCUGCUAUAUAUACCUGGAAGCAAGUAGAGUCAAACAUGGAGACGUUCUCACGCUUCUUUGCUACAGUGGCAGAACGCUGGCCUGCCGCAUCUCGUUGCCUUGAAGAGUACGAGAGACUUCUAAGUCCGGUCAAGCAGGAUUUUGUCGAGUUUCUGGCCCAAGAAGCAUUACGGAUUGCGGAACAAGCAUCGUCCAAGAAUAAGUGCGUGGCACCAGUUGGUAUUGAUCCAGCUCAUGAUCUAGAGCUCAACUUUGGGACAUUCUUCAACGCAGCGUCACUGAGCAUGGAUGACACAUUUGCAUACUACCCAUACAUCCCCAUGGAUUGGAACGAAGAGUUCAACUUCGGGGUAGAUACGAUUGUCCCACAAAAUUGA